AUGAAUGAUAACAAAGGUUUUUCAAAAGAUGAACAAACACGUAUUUAUAAAAUACUUCUUUUAACAUACUGUAAUAAAAUAUCUACUUAUCAAAAUGAAAUAAAAAAUAUUUCUCUUAAUAAUAUAAUAUCUUCUUUAAAUGAAGGUUGUGAAAAUGAGCAUAUGUUAAAUGAUCAUGUGAAAUCUCAACAUUAUUUUAUUGACACAUUAGUAAAAUCAAAUGAAAAUCACGAAUUCUUGAAUAGUAUUAAUAAUUUAAUACAAGAAGAAGUAAAAAAGAAAAACGAUAAGAAAGAUGAUGCUGCGCAUAAUAUAGCCAAUACAAAUGAAGAUAACAACAACAAUAAUAAUAAUAAUAAUAAUAAUAAUAUCAAUAUAAAUAAUAGUGGUACUAAUGUAGGACAAGGAAAUAAUAAUAACACUACAAAUGAUAAUAAUCCUAGAAAUCAACGAACUAUUUUUAAUAAUUAUAUUAUGGAACUUAUGGAAAGAUCACAUAUGUUUUUAUUAAUUAAAAUAUUUUUUGUUCUCUUUUUAUUUGAAGUUAAUGUAAAGAUGUAUUUUAUUGUCUCUGGAAUGUUCAUUUUAUAUAAUAGAGGAUUUUUUGAUUUAAUAAUUAAUAAUUUAAAUUUUGUUUCUAGUAAUGAUUCCAUAGAACAAGUAUUAAGAAGAAUGAGCGAAUCAAGGAAUCUGAAUAAUAGUAUAAGUCUAAAUGAAAAUGUAAACGAAUUUGUAGAAGGUAAUAUACAAAAUGUUGAACAAACUAGUAUAUCAAAUGAUAUCACAAGUCAUCAACAAAAUAAUAUUAAUGAUAGUUUUAUAACAGGUGAAGAUAAAAUAACGGAUAGUGGGGAGUAUGUUGAUUUAAAAAAAAUUUCUGGUGAAAUUAAUAAUGAACAUAUUUUAGAUUAUAUAAAUAAUAUAGAUAAUAUAAAUAACAAUAUGAAUUAUUACAAUAAGGAUAUAUGUGUAGAUAACAAAUUAAAUGAUGAUAAAGAUUUAAUGGAUUUUUUAAAUAUUAAAUGUAGUGAUAAGGAAGAUGAUUCCCCCAUGGAUGAAAGUAUAAAUGAACCAAACGUGGAAGUUGAGCAAACAAACAAGACGAAAAUUUUAAAAAAUAUAGAUAAUGUUGAAUAUAAUAAUAAUGUUGAAUAUAAUAAUAAUGAUGAAUAUAAUAAUAAGGAUGUAUAUAAUAAUAUUGAUGAAUAUAAUAAUAAAGAUGCAUAUAAUAAUAAUGAUGAAUAUAAUAAUAAUGAUGUAUAUAAUAAUAAUGAUGCAUAUAAUAAUAAUAAUAACAAUAAUACUUAUAAUAUUAAUAAUGUUAAUGAUAUUGUUAAAAAACGAUUCCUUCUAUUUAAAAAGAAAAAAAUAGAAAAAGUAAAUGAAUCUGAAUUGGAUAGUUCAAAAAAAAAAAUUCCUCACGAUGAUGAAUUUGAUUAUCCAGAUACCAAAACAAAUGAAAAUAUAAAUGAACCUAAUAAUUGUUAUAAUAAAGGGAAAGACAAAAAUGUGUGUCCUGCAAAAGAUACAAAUGAAUAUUUUAAUAAUACAGAUGAAAAUGUACUUCAUAAUGGAAAAAAUGGUAUAAAUUCAAAUUUAAGAAAAAGAAAAAAUAAUAAUCUAAAUGAUAGCUCAACAACAUUUAAUCACGUCUUAAAUAAUAGUAUUAGUGAAUUUAUAAAUUCAGAUGAUGAAGUGGCUGCACUUAUAUCUGAUCCUAUUGAAAACAAUGCAACUAAUACUGAACCAAAAGAAGAACAAAAUACAACAGAAACAAAACAAAAUGAUAAAGAAAAUAAUACAGACAACAAUACUAGAAGAAAACCAACCAAAUUAGAAAAAUAUAUUUAUCAGUCAGUUGUCAUGUUUUUUAUGACUCUUUUACCGUGGUGGGUACCAGAUGUUGCCUAUUUAGAGGAGUAA